GAGGUUUUCCUAAGAGUCCUAAGUAACAUUCAAGUACAACAACUAAUUUUGCCGAAUAUAGCCAUAAACCUUAAAUUUCUGAAAACCCCAAAACAGUUAAACCUCAAUCUCCUACUCUCUUCUCACUCAACCUGCCCCGCUUUCGCCUUCCCUUCUACCUCGCCGUGCCAUCACCAUUUCACCACUCAGCCGCCCACCACAGCCAUUGUCGCCGCCCACCACCACCACCACCGCCACCAUCACCCGCCGCACCAUUCCCUCUCUCCUUGCCGUACACACCAAAGGUUUAGCCUCCAUAUCUCAAACAUUACACAAUCAUACAUUUCUAAUUCAUAAUCUCUCUUGUAAUAUUUGAAACACAAAUCCCUAAUUUUGCAUCCAUUAAAUAAUCAUUGUCAAAAUCACAGCAUAAUCAAGCUUAUUCAAUUAUAAUGGGAGAAUCAAAUCAAACCUCAAGAUUGACAUGGGAAGGUUGCAGUGUUUUGCUUGAUAUUAAUGAUGGUGAACGCCUUGUUUUCGCCCGCCUUUCUCCUGCUGCGACUUUGAAGAUUGGCAAGAAGAAUUUUUCAUUGCAGCCUAUUGUUGGUUGCCCGUUUGGUUCGUCGUUUCGUGUUGAUAAUGGGAAAGACGGGCCGUAUUUAUCUCGUGUUGUACCUUCAGAAGAGGAAGGAGGUAAUAAUGUUCAAGAGGAAGAAAAUGUGACAGGUGAAGAAUUGAGAGAUAAUAGAGCUCUAGUUGAUAACAAUACUGCUCAAAGUCUUACUGGAGAGGACAUAGAUGAAAUGCGAAGACAAGGUGCAACAGGUGAACAGAUUGUAGAAGCUUUAAUUGCCAAUAGCACAACUUUUGAGAAUAAGACAUCUUUCUCACAGGAGAAGUACAGGCUUCGUAAGCAAAAAAAAUAUGCUCCCAAAGUACUUGUUAGGCGUCCUUUUGUUCGAAGCAUAUGUGAUGCAUACUUCAGGAAAUAUCCUGCAAGAAUUGGUUGCUUACGAUCAGAUUCUCUAGCUCUUCUACUUUCAAUGGCCAAUGUUACUGCGCACUCAGAUGUCUUGGUGGUAGAUAUGGUUGGUGGGAUUGUUACUGGUGCUGUGGCAGAACGUUUAGGAGGUACUGGGUAUGUUUGCAACAUGCAUCUGGGUGUCACACCACAUUCCUUGGAAAUAGUUAGGAUCUUCAAUUUCAAUAAUGACACCUGCAAACGAAUUGUUCGUUGUUGUCUCAAUGAUCUAUGCCCCGGUCAAAAUGGAAGCCACGUACAAAACGAGAACAUGGCAAGUGAUUCAGGGAAUCAACUAGAUGUUACUGAAGAAGAUGUUUCCCUGGAGGAAAAUAAGACAUCAGUCGACACUUCCAACAAAACUGGUAAACGGGAUCCCACAACUUGCAAAGCAAUAAAAGCAGGAGAAGUGGCUUCAGAAGAGCUUAUUGAUUCAUGGAAAGAAAAGGGUUUUUCUAGCUUAAUAAUUGCAGCACCUGAGCAGGAUGUAUGGGGCAUAUUGCAAAAGCUACUACCUCAUUUAUCAUACUCGGCCUCUUUUGCAAUUUAUCACCAAUAUCUCCAGCCACUUGCAGAAUGCAUGCACAAUUUACAAAGUGAGAAACUAGCAAUUGGAUUACAAAUUUCAGAACCUUGGCUCCGAGAAUAUCAGGUACUUCCAUCAAGAACUCAUCCUCAUAUGCAGAUGAGUGCAUUUGGUGGAUAUAUACUAAGUGGGACUAAGAUUUGUACGAGUGAGUCUGGUGCUCAAUAACGCAUAUACAAGGGGCAACAUGUCUGUUAGGUAGGGAAAUGUACUUGACAUACGAGGCUAAAAAUGUCUGUUAGGUAGGGAAAUGUACUUGACAUACGAGGUUAAAAAGCAGGAACUAAGUCCUCAACCUCGAGUAUUUUUGAUAUGUUUCUAUAUUAGACGGUGGUUGUAAGUGAUCUGUAGUUACUACAACGAGCUUUGCUUGGUGUAUUCAAAUUUGUUGAAAUUUUGAAAUGGGUCUUUGCUGUGAAAGUUUGAAAUGUCUACGCAGUAAUUGUUUUGGACAAAAUUUGUAAGAAUAUUAAUUUAUCUAAGAGAGGGUGUCAAUAAUUGUACUUAAAUUAUAAGGGUUAUUAUGAACAAGAAUAUUGAUUUAAA